AUGGCUGGUCGCCGUCUCCUCCAAGGACUGACCUCUCCGUGGUCUGUCGGAUUCUCGGCAUUCGGAUUGGCUUAUGGUGGAUAUCACGUGUGGGACUCGACACAAUCCGGUACAAAAUACGAUUUACACGAAGAUUUGGCGGGAAAAACGUACAUUGUCACUGGAGCGACGUCAGGAAUCGGACAAGCGACGGCCGAAGAGUUGGCGAAGAGAAAUGCACGAGUUAUUAUGGCAUGUCGGAAUCGAGAGAAAUGUGUUCAAGUGAGAAGAGAUAUUGUGUUGAAUACAAGGAAUAAACAGGUGUACUGUCGUCAAUGUGAUCUCGAGGACUUUGACAGCAUCCGGACGUUCGUUCAGAAAUUGUCAAAAGGGAAAUUCGAAUUGGAUCGAAUCGAUGGAAUUGUUCAUAAUGCGGCGAUGAUGCAGAGUGAGAGACACGUUAAUAAGGACGGAAUCGAGAAAACGAUCGCCACAAACCACUUGGGAAGUUUCUUGCUCACGGGACUCCUCCUCGACAAACUUCUGAAUCAAACGAAUCCCGUUCGAAUUGUAUUCCUGAAUUCGAAUAUAAUCGAUAGGAAAUGUGAUUUGAAUUUGGGAGAUUUCAAUUCAGAAGGCGCCAAAAAAUUCGACGGAUAUGAAGUGUAUAAACACUCUAAACUCGCAUCGGCUCUUUUUUCGAAAGAACUUUCCGAAAGACUCAAAGAAUCGAAUAUCAAUGUGAUUGUUGCCGAUCCGGGAAGGACGAAAUCCAAUUUGUCCGCUCAAAUGGAUGGGCAGACGUUCUUUUUGAGUCGGUGGUUGCUGAAAAUUGUUAGUUUCGGAAUGGGCGAACGACGUACAGAGAAAGCGGUUCGACCGGUUCUCUACGCUCUGUGUGAUCCGGAGACUGUCGAUGAGAACGGAUUGUUUAUUGACCGUGAACGCCACGCGCAACCAUGGAAUGACAUUGUGAUGGACGCUGAAAAACGUGCGAAACUGUGGAAUGUUAGUGUAAAAUGGAGUCGUUUGGGAGAUCAUUUGAAACAAAUGAAACACGAAUUAGGAGAGGCGGCAAUUCAAAUUUCGAAUGAAAGCGGAGACAAAUUGACUGUGGAAACGGCGACGGCUGGAGGAGGCGAAGGAAGAAGUUGGAAGACGUUGUGGUUGUGGUAG